GCUAUUCCAAGUGCUCUACAAAGCAGCAGCUAUCAGCUGCUCAAGACUUAAUUUGGAUCAGCGGCAUUGAGGUCUGUUGUCUUCACAAUCAUAAAAGAAGUUAUGGAGUUCAGGCUCAACUAUCAUCUUAGCACGGGAGAAGGCGGAGACGAAAUAAGAUACAGUGUCUGCCAAGUGCUUAUUGAACAUCAAGUUCCCCACGUUGUAUGGUUUGAAGACACUCUCGUUCACUACGGUGUCCCUACUACUGUGUUUGAUCUGUAUAUUCUGGUCAAAGAUAUUGAGUUGGCAGCCAAUCUUCUGGCUAAGGCCGGGUGGAGUUCCGAUAUGCAAUUACCACAUCUCGUUGGUAAUGCAAAGGUGGACUUGGUGGACUUCCCUCAACAGCGCUUGAUAUCCCCAAAGGGCCAGACGAGAACUGUCCUCCUUCCUGCGGCGGACUGGAGGUUUUCUUUAACACACAACGCUCGAUUGGAAUGGGUGCCUUUAGAGAUCAUGCCGUCGCUCAAGGUGCCAUUUCCGCCACUGGCAAGCUUUCUGGAUGCGCUGAUCGAGAGCUGGCUAGAAUGUCCCAGCAGUUAUGAAAUGCUAUCACUCGUUUUGGCUUGCCAAAUCUCUUAUCUCUACGCGCAUGUUCCAGCUUUGAAAGAGAAGUCGUUUGCCGAGCAGCUGAGACUUGAACAUCGUCAGUUUCACUUUGAUGUGUUGGCAGGAAUGGAGACCGGCACAAUUCCGUUUCGGAAACAUCAGCUAGCAAUUCGUGAUGCGCUGUUACAGGGCCAGUAUGAAUUGCGAGAGUGCUCUGCUUCCCGUGACAAUAAAGAUUUGUUUGACCCUUUUGGAGGGAUCAGUUUUGAAUCGGUUAAGGAGGAGGAGCACGAUGAUAAUUCUCAUAAGUCCCACAUAGAUUGACUUCUAAGGGGGUCUAUUACUGUCAAGCAUCUAUCAAUGGCCAUAUUUCAAUAUCUAAAUUGCCCUGAUAUCCUUGGUUUUCCUGAGGUUCGUGGCAUAUCGGACCGG